AUGAUGAAUACAAAGAAAGUGCUGCUUGCGGGUACUUUCAUCUCCGCAUCCGCAUUUGCAUUCUGGCCCGCUGAUUCUGUGGCCAGACUUGCUAACCAGCUGCCCCUUGGGUUCGGGGACCACAAUGCUGCUACAUUUUCCAAGGCUGAGCAAUCCCAAUUUAAAUGCAACUUAGUCGACCCUCUUGAUCCUUCGGACGACGGACUCUAUAGCUCUCAUGAUUUGUUUUCAAGCCAAAAAGCGCUUGAUACACUUGUUGAGCGUCAUCAGCCCCUUGUCCAAAUUGAUUCAAUUUGUUACGACGAUCUCGGAGACUUCGACGAGGACGAUCGUUGGAAGCCAUUUGAUGACAUUCCGAAAGUGCUAAAGGAGAAUUACCCGUUGAUCUAUGAUAAAGCAUGGAUAGAAACCAUCAACAGAUUCGGCCUCGUGUAUACAAUCGAGGGCUCGGAUACCUCUUUGGCACCUAUCCUCCUAACAGCCCAUCAAGAUGUUGUGCCGGUUGAGAAUGCAACAUUAGCGGAUUGGGAUCAUCCGCCGUUUGAUGCUGUUUACGACAAGCACACUGGAUAUCUCUACGGCCGCGGGGCUUCAGAUGAUAAAUCAGCCAUUACAGCGCUCAUGACAGCAAUGGAAUCGCUUCUCUCACAGGAAAACUAUGAGCCACGUCGCACAGUUAUUUUUGCAUUCGGCUUCGACGAAGAGUGCUCAGGCUUUCGUGGUGCAGCGUCUAUAUCCAAGCAUCUUGAAGAGCGUUAUGGUAAAGAUGGAAUCGCCGUCAUUCUUGAUGAAGGCGGUGCAGGCCUUCAACAAGUCGGCGAUGUUCUCUACGCUUUGCCUGCCGUCUACGAGAAAGGAUACCUCGAUGUGUGGUUCGAUCUCGACGUCGUUGGAGGCCACAGUUCGACACCAACUCCACACACUUCUAUUGGUAUGAUGUCAGAAAUCGUCGUAGCAUUGGAAUCAAACCCUUUUGAACCAAAGAUUAUUCCUAAUGGGCCAAUCCACGAGGGCCUUAUUUGCUUCGCGCGAUACUCACCGUACGUUCUACCUGCAUUGACCGGGUACAUCAAUUGGGGCCUGCUUGACAAAGCUGCUAAGCUGUUGGCGCAAAUACAGCGAGAGACACAAUACUUUAUCCAGACAUCACAGGCCGUGAAUUGGAUUUCAGGAGGCCAAAAGAUCAACUCAUUACCCGAGUUUACUACUCUGGGCGUGAAUCAUCGUUAUGCUCCCCAGGAUAGUAUUGGCAGCAUUCAACACCGCAUAAUAGGUCUGGUUCAAAGAGUGGUUCACAAGUAUAAUCUCACUCUACAUGCAUUUGAGGAAGACGAGGACUACGACGCCUAUCUUGAUUCCAUUGGACAAGCCCGUGCAGGCGGAGGUAACGAGAUGAACGCCAACUGGGAGCCUAUCUAUAACGGAAAACUGGUUCUCGAGGCAAGAAAGAAGUCAUAUAUAACGCCUCAGUCCCCAACAAAGGGAAAUGUAUGGGAUACUUUCGCUGGUACGGUUCGCUACACAUAUGCCGAUCAGGCCAGCAUUGUUGUUCCAGCUCCUGGGGCAAUGACUGGCAACACCGACACUCGCCACUAUCUAGGGAAGUUUUCAUGCGUGGAUGUAGUAUCUUUAUGUUGCAAUACUAAUUCAAGUAUUAUUAUAGAUCUAUCCAAGAACAUUUAUAGGUGGAGUCCUGGAAGCCUAAAAUCUUUCGGAAACAUCCAUGGCGUCAACGAAAGGCUCUUGAUGAGCGAGCAUGUGAAUAUGGUAAAGUUUUACUAUGAUUUUAUCCGUAACUUCGAUCAGGCAGACAUCUAG